AUGGCAACUCCUCAUAGGGAAAGAGCUGGUACAGCAAGUCUUGCAUCGCGCACACCUCGUAACGACCACACAUACGCCAGAAAGAGUCACAACUCGCCAUAUCGUCAUAGCCCCCGUCGUUCGGAGGUCUUGGUUGAGGAAAUUGGCGCGCUUCACAUUCGCGAGGAACGUGCCUGGAGACAAAGACAAGAUGAGAGAGAUGCUGAACAAGAACGCCGACAUCAAGAGGCUCUAGCGCAAGCUGCCGCUGAGCACGAGCGGAUCUUGCGCAAUGCUAUCGAGGCAGCUGAGACUGAAGCACUGAAGCAGGAACGCGAGCGAAAGCAGAAGGAAGAGGAAGAGCAUCGUGCACUUGAAGCUGAGCGCUCAGCAAAAGCUGCAAGAGAGGCUGCUGAUAGGCAGCGGAGGAAGGAAGAGCUCGAACGACAAGAGCAGGAGCAACAGAAACGCGCGGCCGAAGAAAGAGAGAUACGGGAACAGGAAGCUCGUCUUGCACAACAAAAGCGACAGCAUGANAGCCGACGCUUUACGGAGGAAGCAAGAACAGGAGGCUUCAGAUCGCAAAGCAAAGAAGAGGCUGAUGCUGCCGCUGCCGCCGCCGCCUCUGCUGCUGCGAAAACUGCUGCUGCUGCUGCUCCCAAAAUCCAACAAUCUCAACCACAGCCCGCGUCAACUCCUGCUACACAACCCAGUACUGCACCUGCAGCGCAGCCCAUCUCCAAGCCUGCAACUCAGACUGUCGCGCUGUCUUCUGCAUCCGGAACACAAUCAGCACUCAAGUCUACACCCGCACAGCUAGAAGCAGUGCACAAGCGAUAUCGCGAGAUUCAUCAUCAGCUGAAAGCCAUGAGGAGAACCGCCAGGACGCAGCUCUCAAAAGCCCCAUGCAGCAUUAGCGAUUAUCGUCGAAAGAUCAACACGGUGAUGGGCCAGUUUACCCCUGACAAGAUCAAAAACAGAGUGGCGCUUAAGAGAGUGCUCGAGAUCCUCAACGACGUCCUGAAGCAUUCCGAACCGACUAUCGACGUGACUCCCUUCCUCGCCAAUCCGCCAGACAACUCGGAAAGACGGAUGCCGUUGGCUCUGGUAUACUUACUGAAUUUGAUCUCCAAGUUGGUCAUCAGUCAGUUUUGCAGCGACAACCUAGCGACAGUGGAUGCUCUUGCAAUUGUGUUGGUCACUGUNUUUUCGAAGCCUGAGUAUCUUUACAACGGCACCACUUCGCUGAUCGACAUCCUCCUGGCCAAAUACCAUGUGGUGUGCCCCGUGCUGUUCGGCAUAUAUGGCAAUGAGAACACUAAAGCUGGACGGGAUAGAAUAGGUUGGUGGAGGUUCGGCGAGGAUUAUGUUGGUCUCGAGGCGCACAAGAAUCGCAUGCUUGGUCUGGCUACAGGGUACGGAUGUCUUUCCUUGCGAGACUUCAGCAAGUCAAAAGCGAACAACCCCUUUCCGCCACCGAACUACUGGCGCGCACUGAGUUACUUUGCCAACACUCCGCCGGCGCAACUACAACCAACUCACUUCNNCCUUGUCCUUAAGGGAUUGGUGGAUACACACGUUGAAAAGUUCUUGAAGUUCUACGGUCAGGCAGGUCUAGCAGCAUUGAGAAAGGUACUGGUGGAGCUUCCCAAGGACGCGCCCAAGAGUGCAGCCAAAGACUCAGUUGCAGUUCUCCCAGAAAUGCUGCGGACGACUAGAUGCUUGACGUUAUGA